GGGAUCCUGCAGCCGGCGGCCGGGACGCGGGGACUCCCCCUAGCGGAGCCAGGAGCCUUCGAUGGGGGGAGGCCCAGUCCUCGGGGUGGCUGCUGUGCAAGGGAAGAAGUGGCACGAAGUAAAUGACUCCAGCAUAAAGCAAUCUGCUUUGCCAAAGUGCCCACAUCGGAAGUCAAAUACAAGAAAACUGCAAGUAUUGAUAGAAAUGAAGAUUGAGGCUGCAUUUCCUAACUGAACUGUAAAAGUGUUUGCAAUAGCUAGCCAGUUCCUGACCUUGCAAAGUGCUCCAGUAGUACAUCGUUAAUACCUGUAAAUAAGUGCUUGCAACCAAAUUCAGAAGUAAGAAGAAUGCCAGUCAAGAAGAAAGAUACUGACCGAGCUUUAGUGCUGCUGGAAGAAUACUGUAAAAGACUAAAGAAGCCAGAAGAACAACAGCUGAAAAAAGCCAUCAGAAAGGUGAUGGGCAUCUUUAAGAGCAGCUUGUUUCAGGCACUUCUAGAUAUUCAAGAGUUUUAUGAAGUGACACUUCUAAAUUCCCAGAAAAGCUAUGAGCAAAAAAUAGAAGAAGCAAAUGAAGUUGUGGAGAAAUGGGAGAAGACAACAUCUGCCACAGAUCAUGAAAAUCUGCAGAAAAAACAAGAGUCUGCAGCUUCAAAUGGAUCAGAAGGAUCUGGACAGUAUGGUGAACCCAAUAAGGAAAAACAGACUUUUGAAAAUUAUGUGGUAGACAUGAAGAUAAAGCAGAGCCAUGGCAGAUGCCCAUCCCACAAAUGCUCAGUCGAAACACCUGCCUGGAUACCCAUUCAGCAUUCUAGCAAAGGCCAGGAGGAAGAAAAUCCCACAGGUAGAGGCCUUCAGCUGGGACCUUUUCCUGAAAUGGAAUGGACUAAUGCACAGAAAUAUCGUUAUCAAGAUGAGGACGUUCCACAUGAUCAUACUUUGCCUCGAUUAACCCAUGAAGUAAGAGGCCCAGAGCUUGUUCAUGUGUCAGAGAAGAACUUGUCUCAAAUAGAGAAUGUCCAUGGAUAUGUCUUACAGUCACACAUUUCUCCUUUGAAGGCAAGCCCUGCCCCUAUAAUUGUCAACACAGAUACCUUGGACACAAUUCCUUAUGUUAACGGAACAGAAAUUGAAUAUGAAUUUGAAGAAAUUACUUUGGAGCGGGGGAAUUCCGGCCUGGGUUUCAGCAUUGCUGGUGGAACAGAUAACCCACACAUUGGGGAUGAUCCUGGGAUAUUCAUCACUAAGAUUAUACCAGGAGGAGCUGCAGCAGAGGAUGGAAGACUCAGGGUCAAUGAUUGCAUCUUGCGAGUGAAUGAGGUUGAUGUCUCAGAAGUCUCACACAGCAAAGCCGUGGAGGCCCUGAAAGAAGGCUCCAUAGUACGAUUGUACGUUCGUCGAAGGCGCCCUAUACUGGAGACCGUGGUAGAGAUCAAGUUGUUCAAAGGACCUAAAGGUCUGGGAUUCAGUAUUGCAGGAGGGGUUGGAAACCAACACAUCCCUGGGGACAACAGCAUUUAUGUCACCAAGAUUAUUGAUGGAGGAGCUGCACAAAAAGAUGGGAGGCUGCAAGUUGGAGACAGACUUCUUAUGGUAAAUAAUUACAGUUUAGAAGAAGUAACCCAUGAAGAGGCAGUAGCGAUCCUGAAGAACACAUCAGAUGUAGUGUAUCUCAAAGUUGGAAAGCCCACCACCAUUUACAUGACUGAUCCUUAUGGCCCACCAGAUAUUACUCACUCUUAUUCUCCACCAAUGGAAAAUCAUAUACUCUCUCCUGGAAACAAUGGCACUUUAGAGUACAAAGCAUCCCUGGCCCCUAUCUCACCAGGAAGAUACUCACCCAUUCCAAAGCACAUGCUUGUGGAGGAUGACUACACCAGGCCUCCUGAACCUGUUUACAGCACUGUGAACAAACUGUGUGAUAAACCACCUUCUCCUAGGCACUAUUCCCCUGUCGAGUGUGACAAAAGCUUCCUUCUUACAGCUCCCUAUCCCCACUACCACACAAGCCUGCUCCCUGACUCUGAGAUCACCAGUCAUUCCCAGCACAGCACUGCAACCCGUCCUCCCACGGUGAGCUUGCAGAGGACCAUUUCUGUGGAAGGAGAGCCUCGAAAAAUCAUCCUGCACAAGGGCUCCACAGGCCUUGGUUUUAACAUUGUGGGAGGAGAAGAUGGGGAAGGCAUUUUCGUGUCUUUCAUCCUAGCAGGAGGCCCUGCUGAUCUCAGUGGAGAACUACAGAGAGGAGAUCAAAUUUUGUCUGUGAAUGGUAUUGAUCUUCGAGGUGCUACCCACGAGCAGGCUGCAGCUGCACUAAAAGGAGCAGGGCAGACGGUAACAAUCAUAGCACAAUACCAGCCAGAGGACUACUCCAGGCUUUUGCAAAAAUCCAAUGACCUGCGUGAGCAGAUGAUGAAUCACAGCAUGAGUUCUGGGUCUGGUUCCCUGAGGACUAAUCAGAAGAGGUCACUGUAUGUCAGAGCCAUGUUUGACUAUGACAAGAGCAAAGACAGUGGCCUCCCAAGCCAAGGACUCAGCUUUAAGUAUGGAGACAUCCUGCAUGUCAUCAACGCUUCGGAUGAUGAGUGGUGGCAGGCGAGGAGGGUGACUCUGGAGGGAGACAGUGAGGAGAUGGGAGUCAUACCCAGCAAGAGGAGAGUUGAAAGAAAGGAGCGUGCACGUUUGAAGACAGUGAAAUUCAACGCGAAGCCUGGUGUGAUUGAUGCGAAAGGGUCAUUCAAUGACAAGCGUAAAAAGAACUUCAUCUUUUCACGAAAAUUCCCAUUCUACAAGAGCAAGGAGCAGAGUGAGCAGGAAACAAGUGAUCCAGAACAACAUGUUUCUUCUAAUGCCAGCGAUAGUGAAAGUAGCUACAGAGGCCAAGAAGACUGCAUCCUUUCUUAUGAACCUGUCACCAGACAGGAAAUUAAUUACACCAGGCCAGUUAUUAUUCUGGGUCCUAUGAAAGAUCGGAUCAACGAUGAUUUGAUAUCUGAAUUCCCUGAUAAGUUUGGGUCAUGUGUACCACAUACCACAAGGCCAAAGCGUGACUACGAAGUGGAUGGGAGAGAUUAUCAUUUUGUCAUUUCAAGAGAACAAAUGGAAAAAGAUAUCCAAGAGCACAAAUUUAUAGAAGCUGGACAGUACAACGAUAAUUUAUAUGGAACUAGUGUCCAGUCUGUGAGAUUUGUGGCAGAAAGGGGCAAGCACUGUAUACUCGAUGUGUCAGGAAAUGCUAUCAAACGACUACAAGUUGCACAACUCUAUCCCAUUGCUAUCUUUAUUAAACCUAAAUCAUGGGAGCCUCUGAUGGAAAUGAAUAAACGUCUUACAGAGGAGCAAGCAAAGAAAACUUAUGAUCGAGCAAUUAAAUUAGAACAAGAAUUUGGAGAAUAUUUUACAGCUAUUGUCCAAGGAGAUAGCUUAGAAGAUAUAUAUAAUCAAUGCAAACUUGUAAUUGAAGAACAAUCUGGGCCUUUCAUCUGGAUUCCUUCAAAGGAAAAGUUAUAA